AUGCCUGUGCGUCCGCUCGGGGUUGCUGAGGCGGCUAAAGACCCUCUUAUUGGUUUUAUUCAUUUUCGAUUCGAAGUGGAGGAGGGCCAGGCGGUGGUUUACCUCUAUGAGCUGCAAAUAAGUGUAGGGAGGAGUACCAGGGUUUGUCAAUUGGCCGUCGUUUGCUGCUGCUCUUUGAAGUUUUUAUUUGCAAAUUUAAUUCUCGUUUGUCUCAAUUCAAAUUCCAUCCCAAAACAAAUAAAGUCAUUCAAACCCCAGCAGCAGCAGCAGCAGCAGCAGCAGCAGCAGCAGCAGCAGGGGGGGCCGCAGCAGCAGCAGCAGCGCAGGGUUGCGACGCAGCCACUGCGCCCGCAGCAGCAGCCGCAGCAGCACCGGCGGCAGCAGCAGAAGCAGCGGCAGCAGCACCAGCAGCAGCAACAGCUGCAGCGACAGAUUCAGCAGCAGCACCAGCUGCAGCAGCAGCAGCAGCGGCAGCAGCAGCAGGAGCAGCAGCAGCAGCAGCACAACCAGCAGCAGCAGCAGCACAACCAGCAGCAGCAGCAGCACAACCAGCAGCAGCAGCAGCACAACCGGCAGCAGCAGCAGCACAACCAACAGCAGCAGCAGCACAACCAGCAGCAGCAGCAGCAGCAGCACAACCAGCAGCAGCAGCAGCACAACCAGCAGCAGCA